GACUCCAGGAGAAAAGUUCUCAAUGAAGUGAGGGGAAUUUGAUUUAUGGCCCCAAGUCUCCCCUGCUCUGUCGGGAGCAGAGGCUAGCUUGCAGGCUUCCUGCUUUGAGUGCACACUGAUAGCAGCCUAGAGUCUGGGGAGGGACAGCCUUGAAAGCAGUGUUAAAGAGGCAGAAGGCCGCCUUUGUUUUCUGGGGUGUCUUUUUUUCCUCCAGGCUGAAUCUAUUUCCAUUCCCUUCCUAUUGUAUAAUUUUGAUUUUCUACCUUGCAAAGGAAACAACUCUCUCUCUCUCUUUUUCUCUCUCAAAGAGAUGAACAGAAGAUCUCUUAUUUUCCACCUCCUACUCCCUCCUCAAAAGAGAAGUUGGUGAAAGGAGGUCUCUGUUUUCCAAGUGUGUGCAGGGCUUAGCUCCUAGUAUGUGGCGUCAGAUAGAAUGGAGCCAUGGGAGCAUGGCCAGGGGUUGAAGCGGGUUCUUUUGCUGCCCUCCUGGCAACCACUAAGGGGCUUUCUGUGGCCAUCCUCACGUAUUCUUUAGUCCUUGGCCUCCCUGACAAUAGCAGGUUGAGUGAUCUGACUGCUGCACACCGCUCUGUUCCCUCUUAUCCUAUGUCUUUCUGCAGGUCAUCUCAGGGCUCUCCUUGCACAUCCCUGAACAUACCUGUUUACUUUUACUUCAGUAACCCAUGUGCCACCAGCGUCUUCACCUGUCUCAGAACUUGCUCCUCAUCAUUCUUCCUCUUAGACACACCUUGGCAUUGAUUUGUAACCUCAAUUUGUUAUUGCUUUUCUUUGCUCACAAUUACUUAACAGAAGUUGUUCAUUGUGGGCUCAGAAGGAGCCCACAGAUUUAAUCUUCUUGUUAAGAAUUUGACAUAGAGUAUGUCCUAUCUUAAGCUCACUUGUGAGCAAUUUGCACCUUGAUUGAUAUGUUACAGAUAUUCUGACACAUGCCAUUCUGGCCUCUGUUCUCACCCUUCAGAGUUCACUGUAACUGCCAUCCUGUGUCUCUGCCUUACUCCUGGGUAGAAUCCAUGUCUGCCUACAAACUGACUGUCUCCCAGAGGCAUCUAGUCAGGCACAAGACCCAACAUAUGGGAUAAAAUUGAUUAUAAAGCAGGCUGCUAAUGUAAAAACGUGCAAUUAGCAUCCAUUUAACAUUCAAUAAAUAUGAAAUAUACAUGGAAGCCUACAUCCUAAUUAGAAAGUGAUCACAGACCAUAUCAAUGAUUGUUAGCGUACACAAGAAGAUGACUAAUACUAUGGAGUAACAUCUUCAAGAAGUUACAUUAGGGUAAUGACUCUGUAAAGACCUCAUGAAGGCCUUGCAACUUUAAAUAGUUUUUAUGAAAGUUUUAAAUAGUUUUCAUUGUAAGAACACAUUUGAGUAGAAUCUUAAGAAUGCGAGGAAAUUAAAGGCUUUAAUGGUUUUUCCCACGGGCUUAAAAGGAGAACAGUGUGGAAGAUUAAGAUGGGAGUGUGCCUGGAGAGGAAUAAAAGCCAUCCAGGGGUCUUUAACCAGAAGAGAGAGGAGAGCCUCAGGAGUUAGGACCAGAAGAAGCCAGGGAAGCAGUGCAAUGGCUUCAAAAAUCUUGCUUAACGUACAAGAGGAGGUGACCUGUCCCAUCUGCCUGGAGCUGUUGACAGAACCCUUGAGUCUAGACUGUGGCCACAGCCUCUGCCGAGCCUGCAUCACUGUGAGCAACAAGGAGGCAGUGACCAGCGCGGGAGGAAAAAGCAGCUGUCCUGUGUGUGGUAUCAGUUACUCAUUUGAACAUCUACAGGCUAAUCAGCAUCUGGCCAACAUAGUGGAGAGACUCAAGGAGGUCAAGUUGAGCCCAGACAAUGGGAAGAAGAGAGAUCUCUGUGAUCAUCAUGGAGAGAAACUCCUACUCUUCUGUAAGGAGGAUAGGAAAGUCAUUUGCUGGCUUUGUGAGCGGUCUCAGGAGCACCGUGGUCACCACACAGUCCUCACGGAGGAAGUAUUCAAGGAAUGUCAGGAGAAACUCCAGGCAGCCCUCAAGAGGCUGAAGAAGGAAGAGGAGGAAGCUGAGAAGCUGGAAGCUGACAUCAGAGAAGAGAAAACUUCCUGGAAGUAUCAGGUACAAACUGAGAGACAAAGGAUACAAACAGAAUUUGAUCAGCUUAGAAGCAUCCUAAAUAAUGAGGAGCAGAGAGAGCUGCAAAGAUUGGAAGAAGAAGAAAAGAAGACGCUGGAUAAGUUUGCAGAGGCUGAGGAUGAGCUAGUUCAGCAGAAGCAGUUGGUGAGAGAGCUCAUCUCAGAUGUGGAGUGUCGGAGUCAGUGGUCAACAAUGGAGCUGCUGCAGGACAUGAGUGGAAUCAUGAAAUGGAGUGAGAUCUGGAGGCUGAAAAAGCCAAAAACGGUUUCCAAGAAACUGAAGACUGUAUUCCAUGCUCCAGAUCUGAGUAGGAUGCUGCAAAUGUUUAGAGAACUGACAGCUGUCCGGUGCUACUGGGUGGAUGUCACACUGAAUUCAGUCAACCUAAAUUUGAAUCUUGUCCUUUCAGAAGAUCAGAGACAAGUGAUAUCUGUGCCAAUUUGGCCUUUUCAGUGUUAUAAUUAUGGUGUCUUGGGAUCCCAAUAUUUCUCCUCUGGGAAACAUUACUGGGAAGUGGACGUGUCCAAGAAAACUGCCUGGAUCCUGGGGGUAUACUGUAGAACAUAUUCCCGCCAUAUGAAGUAUGUUGUCCGAAGAUGUGCAAAUCGUCAAAAUCUUUACUCCAAAUACAGACCUCUAUUUGGCUACUGGGUUAUAGGGUUACAGAAUAAAUGUAAGUAUGGUGUCUUUGAGGAGUCUUUGUCCUCUGAUCCCGAGGUUUUGACUCUCUCCAUGGCUGUGCCUCCCUGCCGUGUUGGGGUUUUCCUCGACUAUGAAGCAGGCAUUGUCUCAUUUUUCAAUGUCACAAGCCAUGGCUCCCUCAUUUACAAGUUCUCUAAAUGUUGCUUUUCUCAGCCUGUUUAUCCAUAUUUCAAUCCUUGGAACUGUCCAGCUCCCAUGACUCUAUGCCCACCAAGCUCUUGAAUUUUCUCAUUUCUUCACCUACAACCCUUUGUCUUGACUUAUCUCCUGCAGCUGACUCAUCUGCAACAUUCAGACCAUUGCUUCCUUGUGGUUUCCCUUCUUUAGAACUUUUACUCAUCCUUGAGAUGUACGGUGUAUUUGGCUUGAGUUAUGAGAGAUGCUUAUUUAUUCAUUUACUCUUCUUCAUAUUUUCAGAGAAAGUUACCUAAUCCCUGCUAAAGACACAGCAGUAUGGGUAUAACAUCCUUGCCUUCCCAUUUACCCAUGUUUCACUUUAUCACUGACAUGAAGAGGCCGAAAGCCUGCUAGCCACCAUCCAUGCUACCUAGGUAGUCCAUAGGAACCACCCCCAUGACCACCACGAACAUCAACUAAAGGUUCUUGGAGGGUAUGUCAGUGUGUUGCUCAGGAUACCCCAGGUACAUCAAGGAAUCAAGGAGAGGAAAAUAUGAGCAAUAUGUGUAUUCAGAGUGAAGAUUUUAUGUCCAGAGUAUUUGAGCUCAAACCUUGUCUCUUGUUUUCUAAUCAUGAUGAAUACUUUCUCAGUUUCUUUUUCCUGAAAUAUAAAUUGGGAUUUAAGACUGUACCUAACUAUUAAGAUCACUGUGUAAAACUAAGUGUCUCUAAAUGUAAUGCAUCGAUUUAGUGUCUGGAACAUAAUAAAUAUUUGCUCUCAUGAUUGCUAAAAA